UGCUCAACGCUUUCGUGCUUCUCGUUUCCUGCCUUUCAGUCUGACACUGGUAACCAAGAGCUGCUGUCCAUUACACGCUGUUCGAUCAAACCCGGUCUCUGUUCGAUCGUGGCCGGUUCAUCGCGGAGAUUUUUUUGAGAGUUGUUUUUCUUUCCUUCUGCGCUGCCUUUCGCUUCUGCACAUUCGCGUUGGGUUGGUGCGCAAUGUUGCGACUUGGGACCGGUCAGCAUCCGGAUCGUUGUCGUUACUAGACCGAACGAUUCUUCAUCCAGAGACCUUGGGAGUGCGGUGAGUGCGAAUUCUGUGUGUACACACACGCAGCUCGGUCGGAACGUAUUUCGGGGCAGCACGCAAAAGCUGGUUUCCCUAACCGCCGCUGUGGUGAAGAUCGAAACCUGUUAUCUGUGAAAUAUUGCGUGCUUUUGUGCGAAUCGGUGAAAUUCGAUCGGUGAGCGCCCUUCUCAUCAAACUGCCAAAUCGCUGGAAGCAAAAGCAUGAUCGAAGUGAGAAAAGAUAGCAACCGAGUGCAACUUCUGUUUGGAAGCGAUAAGUGAAUAAUCAACAGCAACAACAACAACAACAACAACAACCAGUGCUGAUGAAGUGGAAGUUUUGUGAUAAUUAAACAGAAACGCCCAAUAAAGAAACGUGGUGAAAAAUUCCUACCUUCCGCGCGCUAAUUAACGAUCUCACACUCGCGCUUGGUAGGCUGGGAACCGCAGCAACCAGAGUGGACCUGACCGUAUACAGAUCGACGGGCCAAGUGUCACUUCUAUUUGUUUCCGAUCAACUUUUAAUUAAAUAAUUAAUUUGACCAUCCCCGACCCCGAUCCUGCCGUUUCGUUGGACUGAAAAAGCUUGUUUUCUCCCGGUGUUUCAAACGAUUCAAACGACUUGUGUCGGUGUGUGUGUGCGCGUGUGUUUGUGUUUUUGUAAGUGUACUGACCUUGGACGUGUUGUUCCGCGACGACCCCGUCAUCGUUGGGAAAUAGGUUCCGCGAAGGCGCCACGGCACCCGACCAACCGACCGCUUCCUAUAUGAUGUUGAUAGGAUCCGCCAUCGGGAGUGAGUUCGCACAGCUGCCGACUAGUGGUGCCGCCCCGUGGAGCAUGGAACCGCCGAGGGCACCCGGAGGGUUGCCCGGUCAGCAUCAGGCGCCUCCGCCGCCGACGCUGCAACUAUCGCCCACCGUGGGUCUCUCGCCGAACCUCCCCUCGCCCGGUUCCGUCCAGCCGACGACGAAUCUGUUCGGUGCUGCUGCAGCGGCUGCCGUCGCUGCUGGGAACCCCGCCAAUGCACACGCCCUCGCCGGACUGGUGUCACAGCACCGGCUGCUGGAGCUGUCCCGGUUCGGAUUGCGCGGGUACGACCUGGCGCAACAUAUGCUCACCCAGCAGGGUGCGGUGUCCAAGCUGUUAGGUACCCUGCGACCACCCGGUCUGAUCGGCGGGUCCAAGCCGAAAGUGGCGACGCCGGCCGUCGUCUCCAAAAUUGAACAGUACAAACGGGAGAACCCGACCAUCUUCGCCUGGGAAAUCCGGGAGCGUCUCAUCUCGGAAGGCGUUUGUACCAACGCGACCGCCCCGUCGGUAUCCUCGAUCAAUCGAAUUCUGCGGAAUCGGGCGGCAGAACGAGCGGCUGCUGAAUUUGCUCGUGCUGCUGGCUACGGUCUGUACCCGCCACCCCCGUACGGAGGUUUUCCAUGGCCAACACCGGCUCAUUUGUGGCCGCCGGGACAACCACUACCCGGAAUGACACCACCGGGUAGUAGCACCAAUUCCACCCCGGUGACGAUCGGAUCGCCCGGGUCCGGGUCGCACGAUACACUCGGCAGUCCGGAUGGGAACCGACUGAUUGGUGAGUUUGAUAUUGAAGGUGAGGAUUCGAAUAGCUUGGAUGGGGAUCAACCAAAGUUUAGACGGAAUAGGACAACUUUUACGCCGGAACAGCUGGAGGAGCUGGAGAAGGAAUUUGACAAGUCGCACUACCCGUGCGUGAGUACGAGGGAACGGCUAGCGUCUCGAACUUCGCUGAGCGAAGCGCGUGUUCAGGUUUGGUUUUCCAACAGACGGGCGAAAUGGCGACGUCAUCAAAGAAUGAAUCUUUUAAAAAGGUCCAGUUCCCCGAGUUCGCGAGCAGCGGCAGCAGCAGCAAGUUCCGCUUUCACCCCUGGUUCCCCGCCGCCACCGGGAUCGGGAUCGGUGUCGGGCACGGGAGUCCAACCGCUGCCGGGCCUCACGGGAGCACAUCACCAAAACCAGUCAACCUCACCGGCAGUGGGAACGUCCCACCAGGCGCAGGCAGCGGCAGCAGCAGUGGCAGCAGCUCAGGCGGCAUCAUUAGUCACAGCAUCAACUCCAUUAUUAAUGGGCGGUGAGCAUAGUGCGUUCCGCUCUCUGGUACCCUCGUCGGCGGCGGCCCUAUUCGCCGGACUAACCCGCUCCUAUGCAGCCACCGCAGCUAGUUGCUCCUCGAACCCGUCGAUCAGCCCCGUUCCCAGCGAUUCCGACGAAGAAAUUAACGUCCACGACGAUGAAUCCGACAUCGAGGUGUCCAGCAGAAAUGGCGAAGGUUCCACACCCCUGCAGCUGACCAAACACGAACGUCACUAGGGGGCGCCGGUAGUACUCAAUAUCUAAGCAAUUAUGUAAAUAUUACACUCCCCCACCCGUUUCCGAGACCACUCGGUACGGAACGGAACACACAAGCCCGUCCUAUUUUCACCGUCCCUCUAGGCUGUAGCUAGCGCGUACAACACUUAUGGUGCAAUUCAGAUAUCUUUCUCUCCCCCCCCCUACCUUCCCGUACUUUCGUUCGUUCCAACAUGGCCGUUCGAUCGGCCACUGCAGACAGCAAGCAAGCAAACAAGCGAAAUGGAAAAGGAAACCCUAAAAAUUGAAUACCCUUGCCCAGGCGCAAACACGAUUACCCCUCGUUUUCGAAUUACCACCACACAGUCGUCCACGGUUCGGCCGAUGGGAGAGGAGGACUAGUACUGAUGGCCAUGAAUCACGCUCACCAUUCCAUCCGGCGGUGGUGCUAAAAUAUGGCGCACCACAGCUCGCUCUGUGUGGGUGAGACGAGCCCUCGAACGUAGACGAGUGACACACUGCUGCGGUCACUAUGAUCGGUGCGGCGCCAUUAUGGCUAUCCGUCCGUCCGACUUGACUAUGUUUCUUUCAAACACUUGAACACCACUCACAAAUGCUGGACACGGUUUCGGCAAUUUAUUGACACAUGGCACUAUUUGGAUGAUUAAAAUGAGAUAAUAACUUUCGGUGAAUUAUUUUGACACCUGAGAAGAAAACAACUUGCACGUUUCGGCAACGAUUGGAAACAUCUUAAAAACCACUCUAUCAAUCAAACGAAAAACCAAAAUUAUCCUAAUCAACUUGUUACACGAGUAGCAAAUUUCCUAAAUUACUAACCUGCUUCGACAACCGCAGCAACGCUGCAGUUAUACACAUUGUUCAAUCAGGCCCCCCACUCCAUCCGUCCAGCCGAAGGGGGCCGUCACAGCAAGCCAUGGCAAACGAGUUUGUCACAGCCAACACCUCUGGCCGCACUGGGCAAUGGGCACUGCCACUCACAGUUUGCUAAGGUUGCGUGAAUGCGUCGUUAGCCUGAAGAAAUUCCGUUCUUCUUGCGUUCAUUCCAGCCCGUACCCACACAUUAGCACCCGAAGCCGAAUGCGAACUUGUCACGCGAGUGCUGAUCCUCUUUUCAGUCAUCCUCCUCCUCCUUCGCCUGUUUAACGAAUGCUGUCUGUGUGUGCGCCCCUGUCAAAAUCGAAAACAGAGGAAAAUCGGUUCGUGCCUGGACGAAAAUUGGUACUUCAAAACGUUAAUAAAAACAUUCUAAAACCCUCCUAAUAACAAACACCGUUUUUUUCGAACACAUGGAACAACAAUCAAAACGAAACGAAAACGAGAAAGAUAUCGGAAACUAAUAAUCUAUUCUAAUUAGUCUUUAAACAAGCAGUGUACAGACAAAAAAACGCAGAGGCAAAUACAUAAACUAACGAUAAGGUUGUAGGUUGUAGGAUGCACUUGCACAUAGGCACAAAUUUAUAUUCACGACCACAGUAAACAACAACAAACUGGCAGAAGCAUCUGCCGCCUACUAUCCUACUACUAAUGGUAAUUAGCAACACUGUAAAUAGCGCCUUUUAUCGCAAUCCUGGCAAAAGAAAAACAAAGAAAAACACGCGCACGUCUCCAUCAUUCGAUUCCGAUAAUGAUGAUGAUGUUGAUAAUUAAAAUGGAAAAAAGUGAGGAAAAAAGCACUGUAGAAUAGAUAAGCAAAUUCGAGCUAAAUUAAUUGAGUUGUAUUCCUAACCUAACCAAGCCGGAGACGGCCAGGCCAGGCAACAGUAAGUGCGUAGAGAAGUGAUACAAGAUAUCGAAGGAAACUGCGGACACGUACACACAUACAAAGCACUAGGUUAAUUAAAUUAUAUAUUUUAUUUAGUGCGAUAAGAGUUGUGAGACGCAAACGUUGAUGGAGAGAGCUUGAAAAGGAGAGAAGCUAGUAAUAGAUGAAAAGCAUAAGAGAGAGACAGAUAGAAGAAGUUAUAAAACCAGUGAUGGUCGUUUGUAGAAAAUCGAUAAUGGAAACCCGUGUUAUUAGUGUAAGUAAUGCAAUUUAUUUUGACGAAGAGAUAAA